AUCUGUAAUGCUGUAAGGGUAGAUGGAAUUGCACUGACCUACCUUAAAAAGGUAAGAUUUACUGAGACAAUGUGAAAGGUACUUUUGAAUACACAGAAAAUGUGCUUUCUAAAUGUUAUUUAUUAUGUCUGCCUUUAUCUGGUUGAUGCUAUGAUUUCUGUCUUGUGUUUCCAUUCAGCCACUGAAGUGAAAAUGGAGGAGAUUCCCCAGGGCGAAAGUCCUAAACAGGUGGAAUUGCACAGGGCAACAGCAGGAGCAUCCCAAAUAAACAUUUGCCAGGUAGAAGUGUCUGAAAGCCAGCAGGGUCCGGAAAUGCAAAAGACCACACACUCAGAAUUCAGAAAGCAGAAAUCUGUACCUUCCUCUGGAGGAUCCAAGCGGCCAGUUCAGCAAAGAAAGCGGAUGUCAAAGAAACAGCAUCCAUGCCCUGACUGUGGGAAGGUGUUCAACCGAACCUCAGCCCUCAAUGCUCACCGGAGAGUCCAUACAGGUGAAAAGCCAUACAAAUGUGCAGAGUGUGGGAAGAACUUUAGCAAGAGUUCACACCUCAUUGCUCAUCGGAGAAUCCACACAGGUGAAAGACCCUAUACCUGCUUGACUUGUGGGAAAAGUUUCAAUCAUUCUUCCCAUGUUAUUACCCACCAGAGAACCCACACUGGGGAGAAACUCUAUAAGUGUCUAGAGUGUGGCAAAAAUUUCCGCUAUAGCUCUGAUCUCAUCAGGCAUCAGACUGAGCAUGCAGGAGAAAAACCCUACCAGUGCUCUGACUGUGGGAAAUGCUUCAACCGGAGCUCUAACCUUCUUAUACACCAGAGAAUACACACAGGAGAGAAACCCUAUAAGUGCCUUGAAUGUGGUAGAAGCUUCAGCUACAGCUCUGUCCUUGUAAGACACCAAAGAGUGCACACAUCGGAAAAACCUUACAAAUGCGCUGAGUGUGGGGAAGGUUUCCACGUGAAUGCAAGUCUUCUUACACAUCAGAGAGUACACACAGGAGAGAAACACUAUUCAUGUCCACAGUGUGGGAAAAGUUUCAGAUGGAUCUCUCAUCUUAAUAGGCACCAGAAGAUACACACAGCAGAGAAACCUAACUGCUGCCGCCGCCAUCGCCGCCGCCGCCGCCGCCGCCGCCCGGGAUGCGAGCCCGCUGACGGCGGCAGAGGCGUCAGACCAGCCAGGUCCCUGCCCCGAACCGCCACGGGCUGGGCGCCGAUCUGGUGGAUGCUCCUAAGAGGCGCAGGCUGCCCAGGUGAUGGGAUGGCAGCUGUGGAACAGACCUGUGUAAAAGAAGAGCCAGAGCAUAUGGAGAAGAAGGUGGCAUCCACAGGAGGCUCCGAAGAGACAGUCUCCCCAUGUUUCCAGCUGGAAGGAGAGAACAAGAGUCAGGAUGCACCAGAGAAGCAAGUAAAAAGCACCUCUCACAAAAUGCAAGGCAAAACUGCUCAACAUGAGGAGGGGAGCUUAAAAAAUCUGAACCAAAUUGUUAUCCAGCAAUUGAUCCACAUUGGAGAAAGUAAGAUCCAACACAAUACACGAGGGGAGAGCUUCCACCAGAAUGCAAGCCUGAGCAAGCCUCAGAUUGUCCACUUAGGAGACAAACCGUAUCUGUGCAUUAUCUGUGAGAAAACCUUCCGCAACCACUCGGGUCUUAUGGUACAUCAGAGAAUACACACAGGAGAGAAACCAUAUAAAUGCCCUGAUUGUGAGAAGAGCUUCAACCAGCGAUCACACUUGACCUCUCACCGUGGGACCCACACAGGAGAGAAGCCUUUUAAAUGCUUUGACUGUGGUAAAAGCUUCAGCUACAACUCUGGGCUGAUAAUACACCAGCGGAUUCACACUGGGGAGAAACCCUACAAAUGCUUCAACUGUGAGAAAAGCUUCAGUCAAAAAUCACACCUGCUUUCACAUCAGAGGACUCAUGUGGGAGAGAAAUCUUUUAAAUGCCCCGACUGUGGGAAGAGCUUCAGUUAUAACUCUGGUCUUGUUAUACACCAAAGAAUUCACACAGGGGAAAAGCCGUAUAAGUGCUCAGACUGUGGGAAGAGCUUCAAUCAGCGCUCACACCUUGUCUCCCACCAAGGCAUUCACACAGGGCAGAAGCCAUAUACAUGCAAGGAAUGUGGGAAGAGCUUUAGCUUCAACUCUGGGCUUGCUAUACACCAGCGGCUUCAUACGGGAGAGAAACCUUAUAAAUGUUCCAACUGUGGCAAAAGUUUCAAUCAGAAAUCACACCUUAUCUCACACCAGAGAGUCCACACUGGGCAAAAAUCCUGACUGCCUGAAAGCAAUUAUCUAGGAGACUGUUUGUAAUAUAAUUCCACUUCCAAAGAGUAUAGAACAAUGUGCUCUAACCAGUAACUUGUAGGUAACAUUGCAUCAGCAGUAUUUUCUGACCACUGUGAUUUGGAGCAGUGAGUGUGUUUUAGAAUUUUAAAGGUGAAUUUAUACACGUGUAUUCAAUAGUUGAUGAGUUGUAGAAAAAGGGCAACAAUGGAAGACUGAAAAAAAAAUAAGGUGUGUACGCAUGACAGUGCUUUUUGCAAAAAAAGAAAAAAGUGAUGCUACAGUUACA